CUAAAUAAACCCCAUUUCUGAGGUGCCCAUAAGCAAAUUGCCUCAGCAAAAUCUCCGCGGCCCUAGCACGCAGAAAAAUGCAGUCACUGCAGGAGAAGGCGUCGGAGUGGAGUGGGGUGAAUCCAAAUGAUGCUUUUGCCAUUGAUGAAAUCAACCUCUACCAGAAAUUAGGCCUUCAGACCUUCAUAAAUCUUUCCACUAAUUUCUACAACAGAGUUUAUGAUGAUGAGGAAGAGUGGUUUCGAUCAAUUUUUGCAAAUUCCAAAAAGGAAGAUGCCAUUCAAAAUCAAUAUGAGUUCUUCGUGCAACGAAUGGGCGGGCCUCCUCUGUAUUCCCAAAGAAGAGGACAUCCUGCAUUGAUAGCACGCCAUCGUCCAUUCCCCGUCACUCGUCAAGCUGCAGAGAGGUGGUUGCACCACAUGCAAAAAGCAUUGGACAGCACUACAGAUAUCGACUCAGACUCCAAAGUUAAAAUGACGAACUUUUUUAGGCACACUGCGUUCUUUCUAGUUGCGGGAGAUGAGUUGAAGAACCAAAAACAGAGCAUUGCAUGUAAGCAUGCAACCAGCAAACCGGCUGCAGUGUAAAGUCCUAACACAAUUAGCUCAUUUGAUUCAUGGAGCAAAUAACAAUAAUUGGUAAUGAACUUAUUGAUGCUGUCUGUGUAGAAGGGAAGUGUCCAAAAAUUUCUAGGCAUUUUAGUAAUGAGAAUAAUUUGAAAUGAAUUCAAAGUUCCCUCUUAUUUAUCUAUCAAUAUAUUUGUAUUGUUAUGUAGUU